AUGGAUCUCCAAACGCUCUCUAAUCUGUUUGCCACCACCUACAACCCCGACCCCAAUGUGCGUAAGGCCGCAGAACUGCAAAUUCGAAAGAUCGGCAACGAGGAGGGCAUGAUCGCUGCCGUUCUCCGAAUCAUCGCCGCAGAUACUAUCGAUGUUGCAACGCGGCAAGCAUGCUCUGUGUGGCUCAAAAACCGCGUUUACUCCUCCUACUCCGUUGAAGUUGCUAGACGCCCGGACCAAGUCCUCAUCUCAGCCUCGGAACGUGAGGCUCUUCGUAUCAACAUCCUUCCACUUCUCGCCGCCUCCACCACCAGGAGUAUCUCGCUCCAACUCGCAAACACCUUAAAAUCCAUUGUAGCACACGACUUCCCGACGCGAUGGCCAACUCUUGUCGACGAGAUCAAGCGGUUGCUAUUGAGCUCCAACGUUGGCGAUGUGCAUGCUGGUUGUGUUGCGACUCUUGAAGCAGUUCGUGCUUUCAGAUUCCGUCAGAAAGCUGAUAUCCUCCCAAGCCUCAUAUCUGAGCUCUUCCCGACCCUCGUCAGCAUUGCAGGUCAGAUGGUGGCUCAACCUCCGACCUCAUCGCAGGAGAUUCCGACGAUGCUCCACCUCAUCCUCAAGGCUUACCGCACCACGAUCGUCAUCAACCUCAGCGAACACCAACAAAGUAGCCAAAGCAUCGUGCCCUGGGGCAACCUUCUCUUUGCUGUAGUCAACUUAAGGCUUCCAAAGGAAGCCGUUCCUGAAGAUCUUGAAGAGCGAGAGAAAUGCGAGUGGUGGAAGGCAAAGAAGUGGGCCUACGCCGUUCUAGGCAGGCUUUUCCAUCGUUACGGAAAUCCCUCUCAGAUGCCUUCAACUCUGAGGAAGGAUUAUCUCCAGUUCGCGCAACACUUUGUGACGGCGUUUGCGCCAGAGAUUCUCAAUAUCUAUUUACAGCAAGUGGAGCUCUACGUGUCUAACCAAGAAUGGCUCUCGAGCAAAUGCCAGUAUCAUAUCUUCCAAUUCUUCACCGAAUGUGUCAAGCCUAAAGCUACCUGGGUACUGCUCAAGCCACACUUCGACAAGCUCAUCUCAAACUUUGUUUUCCCUCAACUCUCAUUCAACGCGUCGCGUCGCGCCUUGUGGGACAGUGAUCCCGUUGACUAUGUUCGCAUCUCGGCGGAUGAGUACGAGUCCUUCACCACUCCUGUCGCGUCUGCAACGACGUUCACGCUUGCCCUUGCUGGAAAUCGCACCAAGUCAACAUUUUUGCCCAUCUUGCAGUUCAUCACGUCGAUCCUUCGCUCGCACGGACCAGCCGAGCAACGUUUUGGUGCCCUGAAUAUGACAGCUGCUCUCGGUCGCCAAAUCAUGCUGCAUCCCGAAGCCAAGAACAACAUGGAGCAAUUCAUGCUGCAGUACGUCAGUCCUGAGUUGGAGAGUUCAGAGCCGUUCCUGAGGGCAAUUGCUCUCGAGAUCCUCGGCACCCUCACUAAACAAGGUCUCGUCUGGUCAUCUGAGGACAUCCUUAGCAAGCACUUCCAGGCGACGUUCCGUGCUCUCGACGACCCAGAGUUCCCUGUCCGUGUUCAGGCGGCGUUAGCACUUACUGAAAUGAUUAUCGCUUCCGACUCUGUUCGCACCGCUGUCGCGCCAAACGUUGGAAAGGUCAUUCAAGACCUGUUGAAGAUGUCCGACGAGACCGACCUCGACAUCCUGAAUGCUAGCAUGGAGGUUAUGGUUGAACGGUUCCAGACUGAGCUACUCCCUGUAGCUGCUAUGCUUACGGCACGUCUGUGCGAAUCUUACAUGCGUCUAGCGAGAGAAAGCGCAAUCCACGAUCAUAUGGAGGAAAACGCGGACCUGGAGACCCUUCUCCAGGAUACCGACGAUGAUAAAACCUUUGCCGCCAUGGGUGUCUCGAAGACUAUCAGCACCAUUGUCUCGUCCAUCGAAAGCUCGCCGGAAAUCCUGGCCCAGAUCCAGGAAAUUGUCGUUCCUAUCAUUGUGUUCACUCUCGAAAAUAGAUUGCUCGACUUGUUCGACAAUAUGUACGAGUUGGUCGACAGCCUGACAUACAAGCUUCGUUCGAUCGCACCUUCGAUGUGGCCUGUCUUUGAGCUGACAUACAAGCUCUUCAAACAUGAGGCCGUCGACUUCCUUGAAGAAAUGCUGCCUUCUCUUGACAACUUUGUUUCUUAUGGUGCUGAAGUAAUCAAUGCUCGUCCUGAGUACAAGCAGAUGUUAGUCGACAUCUACACCACCUCCAUUACCAACGAACAACUUGGCGAGAACGAUCGUGUAAACGGCUCCAAGUUGGCUGAGUCAAUCUUACUUAACCUUCGUGGCAGCAUUGAUGAUUAUCUGUCUCGUAUCAUCUCUACAGCUCUCGGCCUAUUGGACAAGACAGAGACCGCCGCACUCCGAUUGGCCAACCUGGAAGUCUUGAUCAAUGCCGUACUCUAUAAUCCUUCUGCGGCUCUGAAUCUCAUGGCCGCUAAUAAGCCCGGUCUGGCGCGUACCUUCUUCGACCAUUGGUUCGUCGCUAUCAACACCGAAAAUCGUUUGCCCAGGGUGCACGAUAAGAAGUUGACCAUCUUAGCGCUCUGCGCGCUUAUGGAAAUGGCCCCUGAGUCAGUACCUGAGGAGCUCCAUGCUGGCUGGCCCGCAAUCGUCGGCGGUGCACUCAAAGUCCUCAAGACCCUUCCCAAGGCCAUCGAGGACCGCAAGCGGCUUGAGUUGCUUAUGCAGGAAGAGUCUGAGUCUGAAGACGACUUGGAUGAGAAAGUUCUGAACCUGCAGGAAGAUGAUGAGGAUGUGUGGGAUGAAGAUUCCGCGUACAUGGAGAUGCUCGCAAGAGAGGGUGCCCGUCUUCGAGAAAAAUCAGAAGGUGUCACGAGCUCGGAAGAGGAGGAAGAAAGUGAUGACGAUGAGAUCGAUGAGGAGCUGGGCUACAUCAGCCCCUUGGAUAACUCCAACCCCUACGUGUCCUUCAAACAAGCCCUGACGACAUUCCAAAUGAAAAAUCCUAACAGCUAUCAGGCAGCUACCACGAGUCUCGACAUCGAGCAGCAGACACUCCUCAUGGAAGUCAUGAAGAUAGCUGACCAGGAACAAGCUCCUCCUUCUUAG